AUGCUGCUGGAACAUCUGCAGUCGAACGCGGAGAACGCCUGGCUGGACCAGCGGAAGCUGGUUGGCCAGCCGACCGCCGUGCUGAAGCGCGUCACGAAGGAUGCGCUCGUGCAGGCGUACGAGGAGCUCUCCUCGGGCAGCGGCGGCGAGGCGGCCGCGCCCAGCGGCAGCUUCAAAUUCGCCGCGUCGCCCCCCUCGGGCGGCGCGUCCGGCGGCACCUUCAAGUUCGAAGCGCCGCCGAGCGGCGGCAGCGCCGGCUCUCCCGCCUUCGCUUUCAGCGCGCCGCAGGAAGCGUCGGCGCGCGCCGACCCGUUCGCCUUCAACUUUUCGUCGGCGGCGGGCACGCCGAUUGCUGGCGACGCCGUUGCUCUCGAGGCGAGCGACGCCUUGCAGAAGGAUAAGGCUCAGCGCGACUUGAGCGCGGCGCAGCGGCGCGACGCGACGUUGGCGGGCCUUCCUGCGGCGGUGCGCGGGCGGGUCGAGGCGCUGGAGAAGCUUCAGGAGGAGAGCGACGCGGUGCAGCGCGACUUCGACGCGAAGCUCGCGGCUCUGCGGAUGGAGUGCGAGCAAAAGAAGGCGCCGCUCUUCAAGUCGCGCGCCGAGGCCGUCGGCGGCGACGGCGAGGAGGCGGAGCAGCUGCACGAGCAGCUCGAAAACGACUACGACAUGGGGUGCGCCAUCAAGGACAAGAUCAUCCCGCGCGCGAUCAAGCGGGGGCAGGGCAGGGGCGCGCCGGCGGAGGGGCAGCAGGAGUGCAAGCAGCAGUGA